AAUAAGCCAGGUGACACGCCGCCAGCGCUGUGUGUAAUAAACCCCUAUGCUUUGACCUCUACACGGUAUGGAUUUAUGUCCUUCAGUUUGGGGGCUCAUCCGGGAUGCAAGUUUGUGAACUGGCUGAGGAUCUGAGACUGAAAUCCAAAAGAGGGCUAGACAAUGGCGGCAGCAGCAGAAGGUCAAUUUCAGGCCAUAACCAAAGCCAUGGUAAGCAUCACAGAAGCGGACAAAGUGAGGAAGGAGGCUGAGCUGCUGCUGAAGUCCGAUGCCAAAUGGGAGGAGAUCUUCAUGCCAGCCCCCAUCUCCAUUGCCAUCCUGGGGGAACUAGUACUCCUCUCCAUGAGGCAGAAAGAUGAUGUCUCCAUCAAUAAGAACCGCUCUACAGAUGGGUUUAAAGCUAUCGAACACCCAGAAUCCUUCAGGGCUUGCUUGCGCCAAGUAAGUGAAAGAGCAUGGGAGGCCUUCAAUGAGGUCAACAUGCAGCCGAUCUGCUGGCAUUCAAAGUCUGUCUCAGAGCAGAUGACAAACAUCAUGCAGGGCUUCUUCCAAAAUACUCAAGUGGAAAAGAACCAGCUCCAGACAAAGAUAAAGAAAAUUCAGGACAAAGCAGAGAAGUGCACAGAGUCAGCUCAGGCAAUGCAGCAGGGCAAGUUUUUGGAGGUGAUUUUCCUGGUCAAGGAACUCUUGCAGGCCUGUCAGAAUACCGAGUAUGGUUAUGAGAAGGACCUGGAUGAGAUGAGGAUCAAGCUGAAGGAGGUGAAGAUCAAGCAGGAGUCAGUCAGGAAGACUAUGGAGGACGCUAAGUGGAAGCAAAUGCAAGUGGAAGGGGAGACAAAGAAGGCCCUCGAUGAGAUUGAAGAAGCUCUGAACUUCAGUCCCACUUCAUGUUAUGACAUAGGCUCAGAUAUGACUGAUAAAACUGAGUGGAUAAAAAAACAAUUAUCGAAAGUGGAGGAGAGUGGGGAGGCACUGAGGCAGUCCCACAAAGAGGAUUACAGAAGUGUCAAGAAGAUCAUUGAACUGAUGAAGGAGCGGACAGAAAUCCUCUGUGAGAUGAAGGAAUAUGAGAUGAGAGGAAAAGAUCUUGAGACAGCCAAGAAGAUGGUGAACGAAGGGCAGAGUGCCCUGGGGAAGGUGGAGCAGCAGUGGGAUAAGAUGAUGCAGUUCUUUCAUAUGAUCUCCAACCUGAUCCAAUUCUGCUUCAACUGGCACAUUCAGGAAUGUUUAGCGUCUGUUGAAGGCAUCCAGCAGAUCACUCAUGCAUUCAAUGCCUCCAAUAUAGCUCAGCUGGUGCACAUGUUCUCCAAGAUAUUCACCCAAGUAUGUGAGAAAUAUCUGAUAAACCUAGUCAGCAUCACAGAAAGAAUCCUCACUAUGGAACCUUCCAAUCCCAGUUUUGACUCCGAGUGUGCUAAGAUAGCCAGUGGCUGUGCUAAGGCCCAGGAGGAUAUCUCCGACCUCGUGCUGGAGAUGAAGAAUGAGUUCAAGAGGAACUUAAAUGCUGGGCUGGAGACCAUCGAGAAGAUGAAGGCCAUGCAGUACCCAUGAGCAAGGAGAAGCUGAAAGUGAUUCAUGGGGCCAACUGCAAAAUAAAAAGAUUAGUAUGAAUAUGAUGUCUCAGUUAAGUCCCAGGUACUGGGCAAAGAUCCACAAUCAAGUGAUUAAAAAUUCCCACCCUUUUCCUCUGCUUUGAUUUCAGCUUGAAUAUCUCAACCAGCCAUUCUCUCGAAGCUCACCUCAGAAAAGCUCCAUUCAGCUCCACUUGGACCUUCUUGGGACACAAAAAUGAAAGAAGCCCUAUCAGGUUUCAACUCAUCCAGGCCCAUCAGGCACCAAGACAGAAAAGUUCUCUUCAGUCUAUUUCCCCAGGGCUCUAGCUUUAAAUGUCCCAAGUGAUGAGACUCUCAUCUCACACACACACACA